UGCAAGAGACGAGUCGCCAUAGUCUUUCGGGGAGCAACGGCAGUGGCCGAGGCAGAACGCGGAGUGCGGUGUGUGGCGGUGUGCUGAUGCGGUCGGCGUAGUGGGGAGGCUCGGUGGGGACAAAUACGUUGCCCCACCUUUCGGACCGUUCUCCCCCCCCACUUCCCCUAAAACGUUAGCACGUCGCGCUUCGCUAUCGCACGGAAUCACGGACAAAUCAAACAUGGCGAUUCAGUCGCUGUUUGCGGUGAAGGCGUACGGUUUGUAGAACGGGAGCGCCGAGUAUUGCUGGAUGAGGCAGUGUUUUUAACGGUAAUGUGUGCUUGUACCACCGCGAAUCGUCGAAUUUUAGUCAAUAUUACGAAUAUGGAGGAUCAUAAUGUCAAGAUAACGACAGAGAAAGUGUCGGGCGGCAUUGAUGAAGUACGUGACGUGAAGGGCGUAAAAGCGGAGCCGACGCCUGCGGCGUCAUCGUUGCCAGCUACGGAACAAGUAUCGCACUCUACUGGUGAAUAUAUCAAGGAGGGCGACCAUGUUAAUGGGAAAACUUGCGUUAAAUCGUUGGUAAAAAAAGCGGGAAAAUUUGAAAGUGGAAGUGGUAGUGGCGAUCAAGAAGGGUGCCAGUACGAGGAUGGAAUUGAUAUCGCGGCAAAGAAAAGAAAGACGCGUAGAGGUAAACCUAAGCAUAGAAAAUUAAAACCGUAUUCAAAACAGCAAUUGUCUUAUCAACAACAGCUGAGAUAUAGAUCUAGAGGUCGACUAGCAAAAACUGGUAGACAACCUCCAGCACCAUAUAACACUACACAGUUUCUUAUGGAUGAUCACAGCGAUCUUCCAGAUCUUGACCAAAAACUUUCAGAAGCCGCGUCGUCGGAAAUUCCGGCUACGUUUCAAAAACCGAUAGCUCCGUCUCGUACGCGAGACUCUAGUUUCAGCGUCGACUCCGACGAAGAUUAUUUUUAUUCGUCUCCAGAGGAUGAGGAAGAAUUCUUGACAAAGGAAUUUUCAACAGCUUACGAAGAUCUUCACGCGGAGCGGUUAAGCACAUUAAGUAAAUCAGAAUUGAUACAGGAAUAUCUACAAUUAGAGGCCAAAGUAGAUUUAUUGACGAAACGAUUACGCGGUAAAAAUUUUCACCAGAUGGAAGAGCGAGAUUUAGAAAGCAGAUGUAGUAGUACGGAUUCAGAAUCGGCGAAAAAGUUAAAAAUAUGUCAACAGCGAAUUGACGAUUUAAUGCAACAAAAUGAACAACUAAAGCGAGAAAACGAAUCGUUGAGGGCUCAAAGACAUGGCAGUGUAGUUUCAAGUGUUGAUAGCGAAAGCGACAGUGAUAGUACAAGUAAUGGAAAUAGGAGCAGAUGUAGUUGUCCUCUUUCGAAUCCAGACCAUGUGGGAUAUACUAGACACGAAAGUAGUCAAAGAAGAGACAGUUCGGUGUCUAGUACUGAUAGUAAAAGUAAUAGUUGUAAUACAAGCUCGAGUGAGAGUUCUAAAGAAUCCGUGACACCGGUUAAUCUCUCAAAUGGUCAUUUAACUAUUCAAGAAAUUAAUGGCCUUCCCACAUAAAUUAUAAAGAGCUGUUUUUAUAUUAAAAGUCUAUUCAAUGUUUGAAGAAUCAACAUACGAGUCAAAUUAAAUGUCAUUGGUCCUUCAUAUUUGAUUUAAGCCUAAUGAUCUAAUGAGAAGACUGGUGUGAAUCAAUUUGGUUGCAUUUAAGCAACAAAAGAUCCUC